GGCAUUUCUUGGGGGCAUCUAUUAGUUGCUUUUCGGUAACUUCUAAAGAGGCAUAGAGAAAAUGGCAGAAGAGGGGCAAGUGAUCGGUGUCCACACUGUGGAGGCAUGGAACGAUCAUCUCCAGAAGUGCAACGAGUCCAACAAGCUGAUUGUUGUUGAUUUCACUGCUUCAUGGUGUGGACCAUGCCGCUUCAUUACACCAUUCCUGGUUGAGCUGGCUAAGAAAAUACCUACUGUCACUUUUCUUAAGGUGGAUGUGGAUGAAUUGAAGUCUGUUGCUACUGAUUGGGCUGUGGAGGCAAUGCCGACUUUCAUGUUUCUGAAACAAGGCAAGAUUGUGGAUAAGGUGGUGGGAGCCAACAAAGAUAGUCUGCAGCAGACUAUUGCUAAGCACAUGGCUACUGCCUAAUAAUGCUUGUCCGUUGCUACUUCGUCUUCAAGGAAAUAAUGCUACUGAGUGUGGACCUUUGUUUUAUAUGGUUUUAGACUGAUACUGGAUCUCAUCAUGUUUUUAUCUCUGUUGUGACAAUAUAACUAAUAAAAUGUUUUUUUGCUAUGCGCAUAUUAUAUUA